CGAACGGAAAAUACGAAAGUUGCAAUAAAUUCAUAUGUACACAUUAUCAAACAGGAAAGAGUUGAUUAAAAAUAUAAGUAAAAUAUGUUAAAAGGGGAAACCGGGAAAUAUUAUCAUUCUCAUGUUGAAUAAAAAAAACCCUGUGAAGCGUGAAAAAUAUUAAAAUCCGUCGUUGUUAAUGUACUUUUCGCUUGUGCAUGCAUAUAGGAAUAAAUAUAUGUGUACGUGUAUAUCCAUUAGUUUUUGUAUAAUAAUUAUAUAAUUUUAAUGAAGUGAAUUGCUUAACAAAAGUGAAGAAAAAAAAUUAAUUUCCAGUAAUUAUACAAAAAGCGAAACAGCAAAAGAAAUUUUUAUCAUACAAAACCAAAUAGAAAUCAAUAGAAUACACGGAUUGUCUAUCAUAGAAUAUACAUAUUCAGCUACGUUAAUAUGCCGACUGCAUUUGCGAUCUUUGCCACAGUCAAAUACUCAUAUGGAGAGUGCAUAAUUAUGAAGAUUAAAUAGAGAAAUAUUCGACAAAUUGCAAUUAAACAAUUUUUAAAACUCAAUUACUAGACUUCAACUCACAAUGGCCGCGGUCAGCGCCAAUCCCAUCAGCACAAGUUGCCAAAGCAUCGUUUCGGCUAGCGGCCCGAGUGCAGGUAGUUUGGGUACGGUUGUCAUUGGCGGCGCAACACCGGGCCAACGCUCGACAACACACUAUGUCAAUGGCACUGGAAGUUUGGGCCGUCUCAAGUACCAUCACAAACAUAAGAGUCUGGAUGCAAGCGAUGAGGAGCUCGAUUAUUCUCAGUUGUCCCAGUCUACACAUAUCAUUGGACGAGUCAGGUCGGAACGUUUCCUCGCAUCGAAGCCCGAUGAAGAUCGUCGUAGGCGUACUAUCAUAAUUGAAAAGAAGGACGACUCGUACGGUUUCACUCUGCAGAGUUAUGGUAUACACUAUAAAAAAGAUCAGGAAGUUGAGAUGAUCACCUACGUCGAUUACGUGGAAUAUGAUGGGCCGGCAUAUAAAGCAGGCAUGCGAGAAGGCGAUGUUAUACUCUCCAUUAAUGGCACUGACAUGGAAAAAGCUGAUCAUAAGACAAUUGUGGAUUUUAUAAAAAGCUCUGAUACGCGCAUGCGUAUGGUGGUGCUUUUUGAAGAUUGUGUGCGAAAGGUCGACCUUCAUAUGCGCUACAUACAUUUGCAAAACCUUCUACAUAGCAAAAUGAAUGAAUUGGAACGUAUUUGCCUUCGUGAACGCGAACUACUUGAGGGCAAAUGGAAGACACAUAGUUUGCCCGCACGCAAAAAAGCCACCACAUCACCCACGGACGCUGAAAGCGGCAUUUCGCCUACAGAUGGAGAAACGCAAAAUUUGCCAUACUAUCGACCGGCACUUUCCACCGAAGAUGUUCCCAGCAUGGCCAGGCUUCAGUCGCAACAGGCUAUUAUACCGCCGCCUGCGCAAUUUAUGCUUACCUACCAUUAUUUAGAUCCGACUUAUCGCUAUGUAAUGAAGCCAUCUAUUUCCAAUAGCAGCGGGGAGUAUAUUGUUGGCUCUACGAGUGGCCCUGACGGCAUACAACGUAGCCCAAGUGAGCAACAUUUUAUUUUGCGGCACACAGAAUCGUUUGAUAAGGCAACGGGUAUGGCGAAUAUUUCUCAUCGAAGUGGUUUAAGCCAGCAAAGGAACGGUGCUGGAUCUCAAGCACCUAUACCCCCGCCAAGAACUUGCGAAAAGCACAAACAACCAAACAAACAGCACUCACCACACAAGUCUGGCAAACAUUGCUAUGGGCAUUCCUGCAAUCCUUGUAUUGGCCAUUUUAAAUGGAAGUCGGCAGAAAAGGCAGCCGCCACGGCGAGCGCUGCAGUGAGCGGUGCGGGUGGCGCUGGUGUCGCCAGUGGUAAUGGUAAUAAUGGCAAUCUUGACAAUGUCAGCUUAGAUGCAUACGACUUGGCUAGUCCUUGCUGUGACGCACAUUGUGUGCCAACGCGUCGCCGAACACGUCACAAAGAACACACGCACAAGCAUAAACAUCGUGAUCGUGAACGUGAUUCAAAAGAUCGUCAGCAGAGGCCCAAAUCACAGACAUCGCACACCUCUCCCGGUACCACGAGGCAUCAUAUGCAUCAUCAUCACCAUCACACAACACAAGAUAUGUUGCAACAGCAGCAGCAGCAGCAGCAGCAGCAACAGCAACAGCAGCUGCCACAUCAUCAUCACCAUCAUUUACCGCCACAACAGCAGCAGCAACAAACUCACGGUAGUUGUGAUUCACAUAAUGGCAGUAUACGUUCGCGUUAUUUCGAUUUGACAACAGGUCUAAUGAGCCAUUGUAGCUUACACUCGUGCACCUCUAGUGAGUUUCCGCCAGCUGACUCUACUUCUUACACUACAUCGCUUAGUACGGACACUUUGUAUUGGGAUCCAAACAGCGAGCACACUGCAUCUCGCCAGCAUUCCACCAAAUCCCGACAGUCUUAUCAACAACAAACGCAACAACAUGCACAACAAUCACAAAGGCCGCAACAUCAACAGCAUUCACAUCAUCAACAACAGCCGGCAGCGCAUGUGCACGGCGUCUAUCAACAACGAUAUCAUAUAACCGCUACACAGGUUCAACCUUCACAGAUUUAUCCACAAGCAACUUACGUGCAAAAACCGAAGUCCUGGGAUAAUCUAACAACGAAAGCAGUGAGCGGUUAUGGUUUUGGGUAUGGCUACUUGGAUACGGUAACUGUGAAACCGACAGUGAAAUUGCAAAUCGCGCAACAACGCCAUUCCAUACCACGCAAGAAUCCUUACGGCCGAUAUUCAACUUACACUGAUGUAGAAAAUUAUGCGCCACCACCUUCACAGUUUGUUGAAGAACUGAUUACUACCACAACAACAACGAAAAUUAUGGCUAAAUCAACGGAGGAGUUGAUUGCAGCUCCUGUACAACAGACACCAUGCGAUUGUAUGACGAAACAGCAGCAACAGGCGCUCAAGGCAGCCCAAUAUCAAUUGAAUCAGGCAGCAAAGGUAUCGCAUCACAAUAGUUGUCAAAUGGGAUACUAUUCACAUCUGCCGCGACCAACUCAAGAUGCAGGCACUUCGACUGUGCAGACUACGACAACUGGUGCAUCGGGAGAUGUUGCGACAGUAUCCGAAGUGACAAGAUUGUAGGCAACGCUCGUUUAGGCCAAUAAACUAGGAAAGCGACAAUUGGUCUAAAUGAUAAUGGAAAAUGUUGGUGAAAAUUAGCCAAGAGAGAAUACAA